AUAUAUACGGAGGCACUUUUUGUACCUCUUCUUUUUUUUUUUUCCCUCUUUAAACCCCACGCAUACACACUCCACAUACAUAUAUAUUCACAUAUAUAUAAAAAGAAGGAUAGCCAACCUCUCUCUCUCUCUUUUUUCUCCUUUCUUUUACUUAAAGUGUGAUGAACUCGAACAAUGAAAAUAAACCAAUACCCGAAAUGAAACCAAGUGUUAGUGCAAACACAAGUCGAUUUCGAAGGGACUAUGCAACUUUGUUGAAAGAAGUGCUUGAAGAAAGCUCAGAAGACGAUGACGAAGACUUAUUGAACAAUAUAGAAAUCGACCUUGAUACAGCCACUGCCGAAUUACCAGAAGACUUGCGAGCUGCUUUAGAAGAUCGUUCACUUGCCGAUAAAUAUUUGGCUAAUUUGAAGACAUUUAUGAGUCAUCGUCGGUCUCAAUCUGUAAACUCCAUCACAAGUGGGAAGGGCGACUAUUCUAUACCAAACACGCCUCUUCAAGCUUCCUUUAAUCAACCAUUAUUAUCGCCUAAACCGUUUGAACGAGUUGACCCUUUAUCUAAAGUAUUAGAUGCUAUACCUUACCACACUCGGCUUAUCAAUGGUGUACCUUCCUUGACGCUAUUAGAACAGAGAUUUCAUGCGCUUAUCAUUCCCGAAUUAGAUUUACCUGUUGUAUCUGAUACAGUUAUUCAAACGAGACUUAAUGAACUAUACAAGAUUAGAGAUGAUUUAUAUAUUCAUUUAAAUGGUGGACCACUUGUUAAAAAUACAAACAUCAUUGGCGAAAAGAAGAAGCAAAAAGUAAUCCAUUUACUUGACGAUGUAUCAAAAGAGAUUGGCCUUUAUGAAGAAUUUGUAAAAAAGGCAAACUAUCUAAGCCUUGAAAGCAUCUUGAAUGAGUCAGAUAGCUCAGAUAUCGAAGAUAACACUUUGGACACUGACUCUACUUUACUACACUUUGAUUCACCUUCCGAAAUGUCAACACCCAGGACAGGCGUUCCACCCUUCUUAACGUCAUCUCCCCGUCCAGCUUCUUCUCAACUUUCUAUAACAACUAACAACACACAAAAUGAUUCCUUUGCCUCUUCGGAUCUUAUCAUCAAUGAGGAACCAAGCGAACCAUGGGAAGCAUUCAAAUGGACACCACUUGUCAAGGUAUCGGAUCAACUCUACUCUGAUGCUAUCAAGCAGGAGAGUGGGCUCAUCUCUGUCAUGGCUGUAAGUGGUGUGAUUGCAAUUGGUACUACACGUAGUUUAGUAUUUGUUUAUGACUAUACUCAAAACCUGAAAUGUAUUCUGGGAGACAGUAAUAGAGCCAUCGAAAUAGGCUCAGUUACUUCUUUAGCUAUAUCUGCAGAUCAUACCACCAUUGCCUGUGGUCAUUCUCAAGGACAUAUCGUUAUUUGGGAUAUCAGAAAACCAAUGCAGCCCAUACGCACUAUCGACCCUAUUCCCGCCAGCCAGAUACUCUCUCAGCAACAGACAGCUCCACGAAAAGAAGGACAUAUUCAGGGAGCAUCUAUUUUACAUGUAGGCUUUGUGGGGGUAAAGAAGUCAGAGAUCGUCUCUGCUGAUGAUCAAGGCAUGGCAUUUUAUCAUGUAUCAUACAAAAUGAUCAUGAUCAAUGGUGUAGAUUCAACACGUAUCCUCGGUCGGUACCAAAACUUGUCCCUCGCAACAAGCCACCUUCGACCAUCAAAACCAAGAAGACCAAGUACUGUCUUUGCUAUGCAACCUUUACCUCUUGGUCAAAUAGCUCAUCCAGCAGAGAAUUUUGGACUUGUUGCAUUGUUGACUCCUUAUAAGAUGAUUAUCGUUGGAUUAAAACCUACACCACAAACCUUGCACAAAUUCUUGAAACCAAAGAACUCCAAGCAACCAAUAGAAAGUGGUUCGAAGGCACCAGUUGAGAGCCUAUCAGGCGCUCUAGCUUGGUUACCAGUUAUUAAAUCAGGAAACAGCCAUACGAACGACCCUGUCCUCGCCUUUGCUUGGGGAAAUCAUCUGUUUAUACUUCGUGUUUGUGUCGAAAACAAUGAAGUAACCAAGACAAAUCAAAAGGCUCGUCUUAAUGCAAAGCCUACAAAGCGGGGCGUGACACUAGAAUUUGUCAAAAUUGGGGAAUGGAAGAGUAAGGAGUCGAUUGUGAGUAUUCAUUGGAUCAAUAGACAGAUUCUUGUAUUGUUCACCCCCAAUGAAGACAUGAUCCUGUUUGACCCCAAAAACAUGAUGCAAACACAGCAUUCAAGUUUGAGAACCAAACAAUUGGUGUAUCAUGACUGGUUUAAUACUCCUUUAAAAGAGUUAGUUACUGAUGCGGCAAUCAUGACUGCAGAUUCAUCUGAAAACAAUGUCUUAAAAUCAGUAGAGAUGGCAUACUUUGGCUCAAUCAAGAGCUAUAAGGGAAAGAUAUUCUUACUGGGUCUUCAGCAAAUCUAUGUGGGCACAUUGUUAUCCUGGGCAGAUCGCAUACUAGCACUUGUUCGAGCAGGAGAUUUUUUGGAAAGCAUUGAACUCGCUACUUCAUUCUAUAACGGUACAGACAUGCAGACCGUGAUUGGUUUACCUGAAGAAGAGAAAUCAAGAAAGGCGCUUGUAGGCGAGAAAUUAAUGGAGCUCUUGAAAGCAUCGCUGAAUUAUACAUUCUCUUCUAAACGCACUUAUAAUGACAUGGCAAACGAAAUAUCCGGUGGUGAGACAGUACUAAUGCAUGACUUGGCUCGAGGUUGCAUAGAAGCAUGCAUAAGCAUGGACAAUUUGGAAUUUUUGUUUGAAACUGUUUAUGAACGAUUUGUAGAAAAUCAAGUCAAUGGUAUCUUUUUGGAGGUACUCGAACCAUGCAUCACCCAGGACCGUCUGCCUGAUGUCCCUCCUUCAGUUAUGAAAGACCUUGUCGACCAUUACAGUAAAAAGCGAUUGAUAGAUGAGCUCGAGCAGGUCAUUUGGCAUGUUAAUCCUCGUAGUUUAGACAUUGAUCAAAUAGUAAGCAUGUGCCAUCGUGAAGGAAUGUAUGAAGCCAUGAUGUACGUCUGGAACAAAAGCAUGCAUGAUUACGUAAGUCCCUUGGUAGAAAUGUUAAAGGUUAUAAAAAGCGUGUUGCGUGGUAACCAAGAAGAUCAACAAACAUUACAUGCAAGACAAAACGCAGAAAAGAUAUUUCAUUAUCUCCAGCUAAUUCUCACCGGAAGAUCCUUCCCUGAAGGCUCGUCUAUAACUGGUGCUGAUGAAGCAACUGAAGCGAGCGAAGCAAGAAGUGCUGUCUAUUCAUUUGUUUUCUCUGGUCGCUGUGUUGUGUGGCCGCCCGUAGGUGGUAAAUUGGUUCUAACAGCAGAUGAUGAAGAAGGCGUGUCAGAACCUACUUACCCAUAUCUGCGCCUGCUUUUAAGGUUCAAUACAAAAAAAUUCUUGGAAGCUUUAGAAGUUGCUUUUGAAGACCCUUGGCUUAAUGGUGGAGAAGAUAUUCUUAGCUCCAAAUUUGAAGAUGAGGUGCCUGGCAAAGUUAUCUCUCGACAAAUCAUUGUUAAUACGCUUUUGGAUGUUGUUGGCGGCGGGCUCACGGGAAAUAGUCUACCUCCACCUAGACCAAAGCAAUCUAUUUCAGCUUCUACAGUGCAGUCUACUACAACUAAUGGUAGGCCAACGCCGCCUGUUCUUCAAGUGAAUACGUCCAUAGCCAAUGAUUACAACAGCCACUUUACUUAUUUUUCAAACGAUAACAUCAUCCUACUAUACAUCUUUAUUGCUUCCAACUUGCAUAAAUACACCACGUUUAUCCUGUUGCCACCAAAAACACUUAACAAGAUACUAGUACGAUUAGCAGAAGAACAUGAUGAGGAUACACGCUCGGAAAGAGAAAGAGCUGUCCAAAACCUGUUAACGGUGUAUACGCCAACGAACGAAGAACACAUUGUUAAACUUUAUGAAGAGGCUGGCUUCUGGAAGGUCCUUGAAGAUGUGUACCGUAGAGACAAAAAGUAUGGCAAGCUUGUGGAAGCCUACUUGAAGGAUGAUGAAAGACGUAGCAUGGUGUUUGAUUGUGUUCAUGAUCUGCUGACGAGCAAUCUAGAGGAUAGGCAAAAGGAAGAAGUCAUGCGAGUAUUCAUGAUCCGUAUUUCACAAUUUGUGGAGAUUGAUGGACAAAAGACAGCAGAAGUUGUUCAAGUGUUUGGAAAUGGAGAUCAUGAGGAUGCUAUUCGUCGUUUGGAAGAAGAUCAGGAGUUUGAUGACGACGAACAUCAUGCUACCGCUGAUAAACGACUAUUUUCUUAUUUACGAGGACUAUUAGAGCCAUACUCUGAGGAAGUUGAAGAACAGGAAGGCUUUGUGAAGCAGGUUCCUGAAGUGAGCGGAUCUAUUCAAGAGCGAUACAUUGAGUUAAUGUGUCGUUUUGACCCUUCAGGCGUGUACAACUAUUUCAAUACCAAGCUUGGUGAUAACGUCUCAUUGGACAAAGUGAAAGAAAGCUGUGAAAAGCAUGGUGUGAUGGAUGCAGUAGUAUGGAUUUUGGAAAAGAGUGGUGAUACUCAAGGGGCAUUAGAAAAGAUGUUGGAAGUUGCUAAAGAACGAAAUGCGACUGUCAUUUAUUUGCUAAAGAAUCAUCAAUCUGGGACUACUUGGACAUUUGAAGAACAAAGUACGAUCAACAGCUGUUUAAUAGGACUAAAUGGUGUGUUGCGAGUUAGCAUUAGACUAUGCGAAAACAGUAGUAAGAGCACAUUUCCUGUUUCGAAAUACAACAAUAGAGACGAAGAAAACAGUAUACCUGAAUUGAGUAGAGAAGGAGAAGAUAGCUCAACAACAGAAGAAUCAACAAUGGGCAAUGAAGAGGAGCAUAUAAAUGACGAAGUUGAAUUAUUAUGGUUCAGAUUGUUAGACACGUAUGUUGAAGCAUCUAUUGAAAUCUAUAACGCACUUGCAAGCAAUCCAGCGCCUCCAGAGCCUCACCAGAGGAUUGUUUCUUCCUUCAAGUCCUUUGUUCAAUCAAUUCUAACAGCUCUUUUGAUCUCAACUUCACCACAAGUAUCUCUUCCUCGUCUUUUACUACGGUUGAUUGACUCACAGUCGAGAGGAGAAACCACGUUUGCUGACUUUAGGGAUAUAUUCUUAAAUAUGUUGGACACGUAUAAAUAUGAAGGAAAGCUUCUAGAGAUGACAAACCACCUGUUUGAUCGUGAUUUAUUCACCAGCUUACAAGAUAUGGUGAACAAGAGAGGCAAAGGAUGGCGACCGAGCAGAGCCAUAUGCGAGAUAUGUAGCUCUAAUAUUCUAGAUUUUUCAUUACUGCAGCCACCAUUGGCAUGGGGUCUAGAUACUGAAGAACAAGCGCGCGAGAACAAAAAGUAUGUCGUAUUUCACUGUGGACAUAGUUUUCAUGUAGAGUGUUUGGAGCGUCAACUUGAUAAGAUGGAAGAAUGCGCUGUAUGUCAGCAUGGUAAUCCUGAAGCUCAAGAAACUACACAAAAAGUGAAAGGAAAAGAAAGAGCCACAUAAGAUGAUCCUUUGAAGCUUUUACUUUAUUAUUAUUCCACUCUUCGUCUUUAUUCAAAUACCCUUUUUUUUUCUUUUUCUUUGACAGAUAUAUUUUAUGAUGUAAAUAAAUAUACAAGCGUUCUUUUUU